UUCCUGGCAACGGAAGGGCAAUCGAAGUCACUCAACAGUAAAUUAAUCACAAUAUAAGCAUGGAAUGAUACGAUAUAUGUGUAUGGAAGAUUAUUAACUAGAAACAACAGAGACUUUUCCAUUUUAGGAGUUUGAAGGAAGAUGGCAGCCGUCAGCACUCUGCUUCCGGAGACUCAGGGGGUGCAGUUCACUGCCCGUCCAGCUGUCCUCCGAACCAAGGAGAACAUCAAGUCCAGAAGUGGCCGGUCAUCUUCUCUGGGGUCUGAGGUAGGAAUCCAGCCUGUCAAUGCUAGUCUGUCUAGUAUUGAGGUGGAAGCUCUCCUCAGGGAGAAGGUGAGGGCCAAACACCAGAAUAUAAUGCAGGCCUUUAUGACUUACGAUGUUGAACACAAUCAAGGGGUAACAAAAGGGGAAUUCCGUCGAGUGUUAGAGUCUUUUUGUCUCCCCCUGACCUCAGAGCAGUUUGAGGCAGUAGUGGCCAAGGUGGAGAAAAAUCCCAAUGGAACAGUCAAAUAUCCUGACUUCAUGGAGAAGUUUUACGGACAGCCCCCUAGUACUGUGGCUGGUGGGCAGUGGGCUGGAUUUCAAAAAUUUUCUCCGCCUGCUGCUGCGAGGGAAGUAAACGUUGACAUGAUUGAGAAGAUGCUUAAAGACAAAAUAAGCCAGAACUUUAAAGCUGUAGUGAAAGCCUUACAACUGUUUGAUUACAACAGAGAUGGAAAAAUCCAGAGACACGAACUCCGGAGAGUGAUCGAGAACUACUGCUUCAAACUCACAGACGACCAGUUCCAGAAGUUGUGGCUGCGAUAUGAUUUUCACCACACGGGACUCGUAAAUUAUAAAGAGUUUUUGUCGAGGCUUGGUGUGUCUGUCGGUAACCAUGGUCGUCCGCCUGUAGAUGGGGCUAAGGGAGCCCUGUUGUGGCCCCAGCAGAUUGCUGCUUCCAACAGUAAAAUCUUUCGGCAAAGGAAGGAUGAUGAGGAAGCUCUACAGAAACUCAACUUUGACCAGAUCGAGCAGGAAUUCAGGAUUAGGAUGAGAAAGAACUACCUGAACUUGAAGAAGAUUUUCCUGACCUUUGAUCGACACCUGGAUGGUUUUAUUGGUGUGGAUGACCUCAAAUCCAUUCUAUGUCAGUUCACCAUCCCUAUGUCUGACCAGCUCUUCAGGCAGAUGAUGGAAAGGUGUGGAGUGAAAGGCACAGGUAAAAUAUCCUGGGAGCAGUUUUUGGACAAGUUCCAGGAUCCCCAGGGAGGGGGUAAUGGACAGACCAUCCCCAUGAGACCCAAUCACAAGUUUUUCCCAAUCCGGGAGGGUAUACAGGUGGUCCCCACUGAUGAUAUCUGGAAGUUACUAUAUAAACAUGUACAGAGUCACUACCCAUCCCUGAAACAGGCAUUUCUGGAGAUCGAUGCCACACGUAAAGGCAGGAUUACUCGUACGGAGCUGAGGAAUGUGAUAGAGAAGUUUGCCUUUAGAUUGGACAAUGAGCAGUUUAAACAGCUGAUGUUGAAGUUAGACCCCUUCCAUACUAACAGUAUUUCUUACCACGACUUCCUGAAACUAUUCGAGGAAACUGACACUGCAGAAGGACACAAAUGGCUGAAAUCAGUCCACCGUUUCAACGAGACCCCCAAACCAGCCAUCAUGGCAUGGGAAACAAUAGAGGAGAUUCUCCGUGAGAAGAUUACAGAAUAUUGGAAGCCAGUGUCUACAGCCAUCAUGUCUGCUGAUUCAACCGGGGAUGGCUACAUCUCUAUACCCAAAAUGAAGUCCAUCAUAGAUAACUGUGUGCUGCCAGUUUCAGACGAUCACUUCAAAAGUAUGGUUUCGCGAUGUAAGGACUGUUCCAAUAACCUGAUUAACUAUGUGGAGUUCCUAGAGAUGUUGAAUGUUGAUGUACGGCCCGGAGAUCUUAUCGGCCUCAGCUCUCAGAUCCAGCAAGGCAGUGAGGAGAGGGAAGCCAUCAGGAUAAAAAACCACAUAGCAAGGAGUACAAGAGUGAACAGAAGAGCCCAGACCCGGACCAACACAAUGACGGCUGACGAGGUCAUUGCCCGUCUGAAGGACAGAAUGUCACAACAUAAGGUGCAGAUUAGACAGGCAUUCCUGUCGUUUGACAAGUCAGGAAAGGGGCGUGUCACCCGACGACACUUCAGAGAGGUCUUAGGAACGUUUGGAAUUAUAAUGACUGAUGACCAGUUCCUAGAGCUGACUGAGCGUAUCGGUUUUACCAACGGUCAGAUGGAGUACUCAGACUUUGUCAGUGCUUUUGAAGACCCUCGGGCCCAAGGUCCCGGGGAUGAGAUCCAAAGAACAGGAAACCACCGGGUGAAUCCCAUCCGAGGGGAUGAGUGGGGCAUGACUGCAGAUGAGGUGGAGGCCAAGUUAAGGAGCAAACUCAGAGAAAACUUUGCAAAUCUUCGAGCAGCAUUUUACAAGUUCGAUGAUGACCACAAUGGCCUGAUAAACAAAGCGAACUUUAGAAGGAUUCUGGAUUCCUUUAUGUGUAUCAUGUCUGACAAUGAAUUUGAGCAACUGUGUAAAAGAAUGGGAAUUACAAAAUCCUCCAAAAUUUCUUAUGACGAAUUCCUCCAUCGGUUUGAGGUCAGAGACACAGCUGAGGGUCACAAGUGGCUGAACUCUGUACAUAGGUAUAACUCCACAUAUCCCACUUCUGAAAUGACAGCAGAAUCAGCACACGAGGCUUUAAAACUGAAGUGUCACAGACAAUGGAAGGAUCUAGCGCAGGCAUUCACACAAAUUGAUGCGAUAGGAACCAAAGGAGUGCUAAGGAAGAGGGAAUUAAGAGACUUGCUGUUUAAAAUGGUUAUCCCGAUGAGUCCAGAAGAGUUCAAAAGACUGUGGUCUAUCUAUGAUGAGGAAGGGAAAGGUUAUAUUAAUUACCAAGACUUCCUGGAUAAACUUGGAGCCUCCGAAUUCACUCCAGCGGAUGCUGUCGGAACCAGUGCAAACAUCAUAGAUACCAGUCACAAGACAAUUAUGGACCACAAUGAUGAUCAGCUGGCCAAACAUCAGAGAAUGACCAAGCACCAGGCAGUCAGGGUUGCAUUCAUGAAUGCCGGGCAAGUGGAGAGACAACUCAGGGACAAGAUUCGAGACAAUUACACGGAUACUUAUGAAGCGUUUAGGAAGUGUGACACGCAGAAGAAGGGAUCCUUGUCUGUGAAUGAGAUUCAGAAAGUCCUCAAUGACUUGCACUUCUUCAUGAAUGAUGAGCAGUUCUUCAGACUAAUGGACAAGAUUGGCCUGGGCACCAAAGGAAGCCGCCUGAAUUACGAGGAGUUCCUGAGGGCAUUUGAGGAUGGCCGUAAGGAGCACUACCAGCGCCCUCUGCCUGAGGUCAGGAUCCAGGAGUGUGAUGUACUUACUCCUCAGGAGGCAGAGACCAAACUCCGACAGAUUAUCGAGAACCAGGGAGAGGUCCUAGGAAAGGCUUUUGCUUCCUUCGACAAAUCUCAGUCAAACCUAAUUUCAAUAGCUGACUUCAGAAGAGUGCUGGACAUCUUUGCCUUUAAGUUAACAGAUGCUCAGUGGCGCCACCUCCAGAGUAAAUUGCAGACGGUGGACAAGUCUAUAAACUAUGUUCUGUUCCUAGAGAACUAUGCUAUGUCAGAUCAGGAGGAUGCGGAGAAGUGGCUGGCAGCCUUGCAGAAGCAGAUGAGGAACCAAUCUCAGACCCUGAUGCCAAUUGACGAGGUCCAGGAAAGACUUCGAGAGGCAGUACAUGCCCACUUCUACACUCUCGCAAAUUUCUUCAAAGAAAGGGACUAUGCCAACAUUGGAGUGAUAUCUAGAGAAGAUUUUAAAGAUGUAAUGGAUAAAAAUGUCAUGCGAUUUACCGAUGAACAGUUUGAGAAUGUGUGGGCCUCAUUACCUGUCAAUGAAUUUGGAAAUUUAGCCUACAAGGAAUUCCUCCGUCGUUACUCAUCCAACAUGGAAAUCCCUCCCACACCCAGGCCAGCUUCCAUGAUGAAUGGCCGCCCAGGGACCCAGAUGUCUGGGAGACGCCUUCAGAGUAGGGCAGUAUCAAGAUCGAUGACUCAGAUGGAAUUUGGCCUGCCAGGAUCAAGAAUGUCCAGAGCUCAGUCUCGUAUGAGUACACCAUUGGUUAAUGCUGAGAGUGCAGAAAUAAGAAUAAAGAACCGGAUAUUCCGCAACUGGAAGGAGAUCCAGAGAAGUUGUCGUAAUUGUGACAAAAAUAACACAGGGACAAUCCACAUCCAGGAACUCCGAGAUAUUCUUGUAAGGAAUGGAAUUGAUAUGCCUGAUGAGGAGUUUUUUGAUCUUAUGACUAAGUACGAUCUGAGAGAGGACGGGUCAUUUGCAUAUGUGGACUUCCUCCGUCACUUCAUCUUGAACCUUAAGCCACAGGACGAUGGCAACUUGUUGUCACGGCGACGAGUACCCCAGGGACGAGUAUCUUCCUUGUCUGCGGUGUCUGAGAAUUCUGAGGUUUCAGCUGGCCACACCAGCACUCCAUUUUAUGAUGCCAUGAUCCGACUCAGAGAUUGUGUCCUACAGAACUGGAAGGAGAUGAGACGACUCUUCCGAUCAAUGGACCGUGAAAAUACAGGAACUGUUAGUUCCCUAGAUUUCCGGCAUCUUUUACGACAAUUUAGCGUAAAUUUAGAGGAGGACGAAUUUUUUCAUCUGUUGUCAUACUAUGACAAGAACUUGAACGGAAUGAUAUCGUACAAUGACUUUAUUAAAGCAUAUCUUCAGACUCCUUGAAGAUAAUGGGAAACCUUUAUAAAAUGAUUUUGAAUAGAACUGCUUUCUCUGGUGUUGACACUGCUGAAUCUUGUUCCUCUCCUUUUCUUACUUGUUUUGCAAACUGCUGUGAUCAUUUUGGACUAUGAUGGUGUCUUUAUGAAAUCAUUUAAGUGCUGAUGUAUAAAAUUUUACUGCCUCGUAACUUUUGUAAUUCUGUCAUGGAGCUUGCAAUAUAAAUCUUAAGCUCAAUGUUCCAUGAUUUUACCUCAGUGCCAGAGAUUUACAAUCAAGCAAGCUGAUUUGGGCUUUAAGAGUCAGCUGGGAAUCGUGUGAAUUCUGAACUCUUCUUUACGUAGAAAGUGUGGAUGUUGUUAUUUCAAAUCUUUUCUUCAUCUGUGAUAGACAAAGCUGUGAUUCAAAUUUACGUGUAUUUUCUACAUGUAAUGCUGAUACAUGAAUUUUUCAAAACUUUGUAUAUUAAUUUAUGUACAUAUCAUAUUUUGUAAAUCUACUAUUUCUUAUUAGAUAAAUGAUUAAUUAAA